AUGUCACAUAACUAUUUAAAACUAUUAAAAUAUCCUAUUAUACAAGCGCCUUUAUCGGGUGGUACGACCAAUCCCAAGAUGGUGUUGGAAGUACUCAAACAAGGAUGUAUGGGAUCACACGGUUGUGCUUAUUUAAGUUUGGAUCAAUUGCGUUCGGAUUGUAAGGAGAUCGUCAAUGGUGUAAAACAACAACAACAACAACAGCAGCAUUUGAAUGUACCUUUCAAUAUAAAUUUGUUUGCACCGUCACUACCAUCCGAUUGUCUUCCGGGUACUGAACAUUGGCGAACAGUUGUCGAACCAAAAGUCAAGAGGAUGAACGACUAUCUAAAUAGCCAUUUUCGAACAGAGUUGGGACUGCCUCACCGUACCAUAGAGAGUUUCGUCAUACCCGAUGACAACCAAAGAUUUCAACAGCAAUGUCAAGUGGUUCUCGAGGAACUCGGUCAAUUCUCUGGACCGAAAGUACUGAGUUUCACAUUUGGAAUUCCUGAUACCGCUGUGUUACAACGUUUUAGAGAUGCUGGUUUCAUGUUGACUUUGGAUCUGCUACGUCAGUGUAGAGAUGCUGGCAUUAAACUGCCAUUGAUCGGUGCUGGCGGUAUACACAACCGGGAGGAUAUCGAUACGAUGUUGAGAAGCGGUGCAUCAGCAGUUCAAAUUGGAACUGCAUUUAUCAAUUCACUGGAAUCUACUUCCAAUGUCAAUUAUAAAAAAGUUAUUGAGAUGUCGAAUGGUGGAAUAUCAAAAGGUGAUGGCGAUGGUGAUUCAAUUGUUUAUACGAAAGCAUUCACUGGCAGAUAUGCAAGAGGUAUAAAGAAUAGAUUUGUAGAGAAAAUCGAAUCAGAAUUCAAGCCAGAUGAAAUACCACCAUUUCCAAUUCAACAUAUUUUAACAACUGAUAUUAGAAAGAAAGCUCUGGAAGAUGGUAGAACAGAAUAUACACAUUUAUGGAUUGGUGAAAGUGCAUCAUUAUCCAAGAAUAGAAAUAAUAAUAAUAAUAAUAAUGAGCAACAUAUAUUAGUAAACUUCCCAAAUGUAUUGUUAAGUGAAAUCAUUAGUCAUCUCAAGAAUAUCGAUAGAAUAUGCUGGAGUUUAGUUUGUAAAAGAUGGUACAAUCAAAAAGAUAGGUAUCUACUGUUCGAUACCGACAGAAUCACAUCGAAGGCACAUCUCGAUCAUUUCAAACCACAGUACCGAAUGGUAAUGUCGAGAUCCUUAGAGUUAAAGAAUGAUUGUAGUGUUUUAUUCUCUAUGAAAACAAGUCAAACUUCUGGUUUCGAUUAUUAUAUUGAUUAUGGUAACUAUUUCUUAUAUAAGACUUUUAUGAUUGAUAUCAAUGGUUGGAUGUUAACUUAUUCUUUAUUAUUAUUAUUAUUAUCAAUAGGUACAUUAAAAGAUAUUGAUAAAAUCUAUACAAAUGUUACAUCGAUUAGAUUCUAUAAGUCGUACGACUUGCGUGAACUAAAGGUUGGAUCGCUCCCACCAAAUCUUACAGUGCUAAAGUUCUCUGGAUACAGUCAGGCCAUCGAAGCAGGUGUACUUCCACAAUCACUCGUCAGACUGGAGAGUGCACCGAUCACCUGGAUUCCAGCGAUAAAAACACUGGCUAGCCUGAAAACUCUUUCUUUCUACACCAGGUUUGGAAGUGAGACCGUUGACAAUCUAAUCAAGCUAGACGAGCUUCCUCCAUCACUGACCGACCUCUCAUUUAAAUCAACAUACCAACUACGCUCGGCAAUUCCAACGGCUAUCCGAUAUCUCGAUAUCGGAAGUUGUCAAUACGAUAUGCAAGAGUUGUUUCCAUCUGGAUCGCGACCGAACUACCGAUUCGAAAUGUUAGCCAUUGCAAAGCAAAUACAAUCCUAUAGCUCACUUCAAGAUAUAAAAGUUAGAGCACUCAAGCUAUAUAAUAUGGAUCGCGCGAGAUCGAUUGAAUUGAUACAGUUUCCAGUGGGUCUCGAGUGUUUGGAUUUCAGUUAUUUCAGCGCCGGACCAAUCACAGCCGGAGCCAUACCAAAGUCAAUAAGAAAACUCACACUUGCCUCAGACCGUGUGAAAUUCGCCAUUUUCGAAUGGAGUUCGACCUUGGAAACUGUCCACAAAUCCAUGAUCUAUAAAUUCACUUAA